GCGUCGGUGCUCGUCCAGCUGUCCGGCGUGCACCGCCUGGCCCAGAAGGGGCAGCCCGCCCUGGAGGCCGCCCAGGAGGCCCUCGACGUGGCUCUGCGGGCGGGCUCUGCGCAGGAGGUGGCGAUGUCGCUCGUGGCCUUCGCCGAGGCGCACGUCGUCCUGGGGAACGGCAAGGAGGCCGAGGAACUGGCGAAGCAGGCCGUGCCCCUCUUCCGGCAGCUGGGCGACGAGGCCUUUUUGUUUAUUUUUUUGGACGUGGUCGAGCAAAUCGCGAGCAGCGCCCGCAUCCUCCAGAGGACGGGACACCGCCUCAGACCUCGCCGACGGUGGAAGUAG